AUGAAUUCAAAUGCCAAGAUAUUUAAACAAAGUUAUUCAAUCGAAGCUGGUGAAAUUAAAUUAAAGUCUUGGUAUAUUGCCGCGUCACCCCUUCAAAAAAAUAAUCGUAAAACUAAAACAAACAAUACAACUGUGAUGGUUAUAAAAAGAUUAUUCAAUCAGCCGUAUUCUUUAGCUAUUGUAGCUCCACUUCAAUUACAGUGCAUGUCGUUAUUAAUUAGCCUAACCAUUUGA